ACGCCUUUCCCCAUCCCCCGUAUUCCAUCCCUCUCUCUCUCUACUCGUUCGGCAUGGAGUCUCACUGCCUCGACGCCUGCGGCAACCUCACCCUGCCGCGGCCGCCGCACCUGGUGGUCCGCCGCCGCUACUUCUGGAAUCCUGUCUCGCCUCUUCCCCUCUCGUUUCCCGAGCGCGACAGGGUUUCCACUGGCCUCAGGGUUUCUUGCUCCCUCGCCGGCGGCCGGAGGAAGGAGCCGAUCAGAGCCAAAAAGAAGCAGAAUGUUUGGAGCAUUGACAACGAUCUCGCCUCCGCCAAGGCCUCCGCGGAGGACAAGACCCGGAAGUCUCGGAGGAGGAGAGGGAGGCGGGUGAGGUCUGCCGGAAGGAGAGGUCCGGGUGCCAGGGUUUUGGUCUCUGGUUCCAUGCUCAUGGAGGUCGAGACGGUUCUCCAGACUCAGGAACCUGUUAUCAAACCAGCAUGGGAUACUUUUGCUAGUAGUGUCAGUGGUAUAUGGAAGGGUGUUGGAGCAGUAUUUUCUCCAUUUACAGCUGAAAUAGAGCCAAUUGGAAUUGGGAAGCAAAAUGAGAAUCUUUAUGAUUGUUACACACGUUCACUGAUAGAGAAGGUAUCUGAAGGUGGUAUCUUCUCUCAUAUUAGGAGGAAGACCAAUUGGGCAGCUCUGAACCCAUUUGGAGAAAGUAAAAAACAUCGAGCAGGUGAUAAAACUGAGGCUAAAGAUGGCGUUUCUGAGAAGGAAACUCUUGAUGUCACUGAUAAAAACUCUGGUUUGCCUAGUUAUGACUCCUUUGACUUGUCAAGAGGAGAAGAUUUGGAGGAAGAUGUAAUGGAUAUGGAGCCUGGUCUUGUUUUCUUUGAGGAUGGAUCAUAUUCUAAAGGUCCUGUAGACUUACCAGUCCAAGGUUUUGAUGAAUCCAAAUAUUUCCUUUCUCCAACUUUUAAGUUUGAACAAUGUUUAGUAAAAGGAUGCCACAAGAGACUGCGGAUUGUGCACACCAUCGAGUUGAAUGAAGGAGGGUCUAACAUUCAAAUAAUUAGGGUUGCCGUAUAUGAAGAAGAGUGGGUCAGCCCAGCUAAUAUCGAUGUUGCAGAUGAUGUGCAGUUUGAUAUGAAACCUUUCUCACAACGAAAAAGAACACAACCUUCAGAACUGACUGGUUCUUGGAAGGUAUUUGAGGUGAGUGCCACACCGAUUUUUAGUGACGAACCAACAGCUGAAGGUGGCUUGCCCUUCGUCUAUUUGUGCACUGAGACGUUGAAGAAAAGAAGCUUGCCCGAGAGCUCUGUUUCCUUUGGGGAAGAAGAGGUGCUCGACAUGCAAGAUGUGACCGUUCUCUGGCUUCCGGGAGGUGUCACUGGAUACGUUGAUGUGAAUAAAGAUGGCAUCCUCACCAUUGGCGUUGGCUGGUACUCAGAUGAAGGUAUUAACCUUGUGAUGGAGAGAGACUAUGGGAUGGAUGGAAAGCUCAAAGAAGUGAGGUGGAAAUCAGAGGUCAAGAGAAGAUGGACCGACAGCUAACUCCCAGUUUCCGGAACCUCUUAGUUAUUUUCUUCUCUCCAACCUACCGCCUUUCCGGCUAAUGUUUGUGCUCUCAAAUUUCUUAAUUUGGAACAAUGAAAAGAAAAAUUAGGAAUUAUGUACAGAUGUACUGCUUGGAUGAAACUUUUUGGCUUACAUGCAUGUCGGCAAUGGUAAUGGCUUCUGGUGCCUAAAUAUG